GCAAGCAGAGUAAACGUAUUAGAAGUUGAGUACUGCGCAAAGAAAAGUAAACUCUGCCACAACAAUAGUGUUCAAAAUGGUAGAGGGAAAAGGCAGAAUUUGUGUCACUGGAGGCACAGGAUUCCUUGGUUCAUGGAUCAUCAAGAGUCUCCUUGAACAUGGAUAUGCUGUUAAUACCACUAUUAGAUCUGACCCAGGACGCAAGAGAGACGUUAGCUUCCUCACAAACCUACCAGGCGCAUCAGAAAAGCUAAAAAUUUUCAACGCCGAUCUCAGCGACCCCGAAAGUUUUGGUCCAGCAGUUGAAGGGUGUGUUGGAAUUUUCCACACAGCCACCCCAAUCGAUUUUGCAGUGAACGAGCCUGAGGAAGUGGUGACCAAAAGAGCCAUUGAUGGAGCACUAGGCAUAUUGAAAGCAGGCCUAAAAGCAAAGACUGUGAAGAGGGUUGUUUACACUUCUAGCGCCUCCACCGUUUCCUUCAGCAGCCUUGAAGAAAAAGAUGUGGUGGAUGAGAGUGUUUGGAGUGAUGUGGAUUUGCUUAGGAGUGUGAAGCCUUUUAGUUGGUCAUAUGCUGUUUCAAAGGUGUUGUCAGAGAAGGCAGUUCUUGAAUUUGGAGAACAGAAUGGAUUGGAAGUUACCACUCUUGUGCUUCCUUUUGUUCUUGGAGGCUUUGUUUGUCCCAAGCUUCCUGAUUCUGUUGAAAGAGCACUGCUUUUGCCGUUAGGCAAAAAGGAAGAAAUUGGUGUCAUUCGUUACCAUAUGGUACAUGUGGAUGAUGUGGCUAGAGCACAUAUCUUCCUGCUCGAGCAUCCUAAUCCAAAAGGGAGAUAUAAUUGCUCACCAUUCAUUGUGCCUAUUGAAGAGAUUGCUGAAAUUAUUUUAGCCAAAUACCCAGAAUAUCAAAUACCAACACUAGAAGAGGUGAAGGAAAUUAAAGGUGCUAAGUUACCACAUUUAACCUCCCAGAAACUCGUGGAUGCUGGUUUUGAGUUCAAGUAUAGCGUUGAGGACAUAUUUACGGAUGCAAUUGAAUGCUGCAAGGAAAAGGGUUACCUUUAGUCGAUUUCAGCCAUGAAGUUUAAAAAUUAAAAUUGUCCAAGUUGAUUGUUAGUUCAUACUAUUUCAAAUCCCUGGCAAAGAUGCCUCAUGACAUGUACUGAUGUACACCAUUUAAUGCAUGAUGUUUUUCUUAAUAAAUCGAUAAGGGAAAUAAUCCUUUUCGUUUGUCUGAAUACAAAACCAUGUAAUCUUAAGUUGUUGUUUUUGCCAUUACAUUGGCGAGUGAGUAUUUACUAGUAUUUGUCGAUGACUAAUAAAAUUUAGUGGGCAAAAAUCCCAAAAUUACAAA